CAGAGUAUACGCAAGGGUAAAAUAAUGUGUCUUGACAGUUUUCUGGCAGAGCAUCAGUUUUAAAGUGCUGUGGAAGAAGUAAUACUGAACAUUCACUUUGUUUUAACUAGCAGGAUUCAUGGCUCAGUGGACUGUCUGUCAGAGCUGUCCUCGUCUCGGAUGAACUAUUCCUUCACAGGAAUUCGACGCACUCUCAGCACUUCCACAGCCAUCGCCACGAAGAGAGAACCGAGCCGCAAAAGUCAAGCAAGCAGGAACCGUUCCAGUAAUUUGCGGCGACGCUGGAGCACAGUCAGCGCUGGCUGGGGUACAUCAAGGGCAAACAGCAGCGCUGCCCCAGGGCCUAACCGAGUGGGUGGCACCACCAGUUCCUCUGGCUCAGAUGGCACUGUCAAACUCCACCUGGGCAUGCAGGUCUUGCUAAUUAGUGCCAAUGAGAUGGGCACCAUCCGCUACAUUGGCACAGCUGACUUUGCCCCUGGCCUCUGGCUGGGCCUCGAGCUGCGAAACCCGAAAGGAAAAAACGAUGGUUCUGUGGGCAGCCGACGCUACUUCAGUUGUCGACCUGGCCAUGGGGUUCUGGUGCGACCCAGCAGGGUCACGUACCGUGGUAUCAACGGGGCCAAGCUGGUGGAUGAAAGCAGCUGAGACCGUUACACGCCGAAACGUGGGCUUCCCAUCUCUCCAUCCAUUUGGCUUUCGCUUCAUUUUCAUGUUUCAUUCAGAAACAUUUAAUGUUUCUAUGGAUUUGUUUUGACAUUUCAACCAACCUAAGGAGACAUUUUCUUUCUAACUGCACUAAGACUCGUACGUUCACAGCUGAUAAACUCCAUUUUCUAAACUAACUAAAUAUAAUGUGUGGGAGCAAAUAUUCUUCUGAGGUUUUAAUUUUAGCUGGAGGUUUGAAUUCAGAUGCUUCUGAUUAAGUAAACAGUAGCAGUCUCUGAGCACUUUAAUAAAUGUGGGUGAAGACAAUGACUUGAAUGGCAGGAUUUAAGAAGUUCAGACAAUUUAAUAACUUCAGUAGCUGUGACUAUCAGCUCCUCAAAUCCCCUCAGACGUUAUCUCAACAGAAUAAAGCAUCACUUAGUCUUUGUCUACUCUUUUCAGAAGGUGUGAGUCCCUUCAGAACAUUGCACUUAUACAUUCAGAAAUGUCUAAUCUUUCAUCUUGAUGCGAGACCAGUUACAAUUAAAUAAUAAGCACUUUAAUAGUAUCAUAAUCCAAGAUCUAAUCAGCUCAGUGAAUAAAAACUUGAUAGUUCCACAGAUGAUGUAGCAGUUGUUGCUGCUGACAGACUUAAUCAGGUUUUUGUUUUGCCUGUAAUAAAUAACUUAUCUUGACUGAGAGAUCCCUAAUAGAAACGUAAGUCAGUUUUAUGAAGUCAUUUAAAGAUGAUACACAGACCAAACAAUGAGGGCUAAAUCAGGAUCUAAAAAGAUAUACCUUUAUUUUCGGUUUAAACUCAUACGAUAAGCGUGUUUGUGGAUAUGUUUUUUGUUUUGUACGGUUUAGUCUGUAAUAACAAAUCAAACAAUUGUUAAGUGACUCCAUUAUAAUGAACCAAUUAGUAUUGUUUUCAUAUUUACAGGCAAAUAGGCAACAUGCAGGCAAAGUUAGCAUUUCUCCAUAUUUAUAUUAGAUCAUAAAAAUCCUUAAUGAGACUGGCAUGAUUUAAAAUUGUUUUUUCCUCUCAAAUGCAACUGUUCUUAUUUUAUUUACCCCAUUUUUUUAUUGAGGUUUAAUUUGUUGAUUCUCUUAUGUUUUCCAUUCCAUUAUUUUUUAAUUCCUUUCCAAAUUCUUAGUUCAACAAUGUCUAGGAUGAGUUUACAGUCAGUGUAAAUACAGGAAUUACAGAUGUAUGGUUCCUCAGUGAUCAUAUCAUUUUGCACUAAUGAGGAAAUUAUGAAAAUAUGAUGUUAUGACAUUGACUAGGUAUCAGAAUAUCCUAAAACGAAAUUCAUGAGGGUUAAAAUUGGCAAGAAAACCAAUAAAUGAAAAGGGUUAUAAAAUGGGACAAUUUCCAAUGGAAGCUGGAGUCUUAUUGCACAUUCCAGCCUGUUUCCACAGUACUGUCUGUACAUUAUCUGCUUAGUUGUGGGUGUAUAUUUUGUGUGAAUUAAAAUGUAGUAUUUUAGUACUAACUUAAAUCUGAAUUAUAAAAUGUAAUGCACAAAGAACGUUUGUCAAAUUUGCCGAUUACAAUAAAAGUUAUAAUUUACUUUUGUUUUCUUCA